UCCUUCAGUUCUCCUUACUUAAAAGUGUUUUUAGCCUACUGUUCAUUGCUGGGAUUCCAAAAAUGCUCAACCAGGUUGGCAGUGAGUGAGCAGGAAUUAGUUGUGUUCUUGAAGCAAUUUAAGCGGAGUCCUUGACAGCAACCCCCCCUUCCCCGCCCCCAAGUAAAGUUGGGUUACAGGCUUCCCAGUAAUACAAGGUCCAACCGAAUGGUCCAACCGAACAGUCUAGGGGAUAAUGACUUUGGGAUCAACUACCCUUUUCCUCCGACUUAUAAGCGGUUACAUCUUUUGUGGCCAGUGCUGUUCACAACAUCACCAUCUGGGAGAAAUGGUCCAUGAGGAGGGGGAUGACUCCAGCUUUGUCAAUCUUUCUCGACUGGGCUCCUCUCUGAGGGAUAAAGACCUGGAAAUGGAGGAGCUGAUACUGCAGGAUGAGACACUACUGGAGACCAUGCAGAACUACAUGGAUGCCUCCCUCAUCUCCCUCAUUGAGGAUUUUGGGAGUCUUGGAGAGCAGAACAGGUUAUCUCUGGAGGACCAGAACGAAAUGUCGCUGCUCACAGCUCUGACAGAGAUCCUGGACAACGCAGAUUCUGAAAACCUGUCCCCAUUUGACAGCAUUCCUGAUUCAGAGCUGCUUGUGUCUCCUCGGGAGAGCUCCUCUCUCCACAAGCUACUCAGUUUCUCUCGGACGCCCCCAGAACGUGACCUCAUCACCCCAAUUGAUCCUUUGGGGCCUAGCACAGGCGGUAGUAGGGUUGAGAUGUCCCUUGCAGAUUCUCCUUGGGACUUCUCUCCACCUCCUUUCUUGGAAACUUCUUCCCCAAGGCUGCCUAGUUGGAGACCCUCAAGACCAAGACCUCGAUGGGGUCAGUCCCCUCCCCCCCAGCAGCGCAGUGAUGGAGAAGAGGAGGAGGAGGUCGCCAGCUUCAGUGGUCAGAUGCUUGCUGGAGAACUGGACAACUCUGUGAACAGCGUGGACUUCCCCAUGCAUCUGGCAUGCCCAGAGGACGAAGACAAGCCAACAGCAGCAAAGAUGGCAGUGUCAGCACCUGGCGAUGAGAGCAUCUCCUCAUUGAGUGAGCUGGUACGCGCCAUGCAUCCAUACUGCUUGCCCAGCCUCACCCACUUGGCGUCACUUGAGGGUGAGCUUCAGGAACAGGCGGAUGAUUUGACACUGCCAGAGGGUUGUGUAGUGCUGGAGAUAGUGGGCCAGGCCGCCGCAGCUGGUGAUGACCUGGAGAUCCCGGUCGUGGUGCGGCAGAUUCCUUCCGGAUCCCAGUCUGUACUCUUGGAUGAGUCUGUAGGGACCAGUCCUGCCUUGCAGCUACUUAUGCCCACCAUGGAGGCCGGGACGGAAGCUGCUGUGCCUAAGGUUGACCCUUGCCCUGAUCAAGAAGAAUUAUCAUUGAACUCUGCCUGCUUAUUGGAGCCCAAGGAAAUCAUGGAGUCAUUGUCACCCAAGGAGCCUCAGAACCCACCCACUAAUGCAAUUCAGGGUUUUCAGAGAGUUCCCAGAAAGGGCAGGAAGAAGAAGAGCAAGGAACAGCCAGCAGCCUGUUUGGAAGGCUAUACCAGGAGGCUGAGAUCAUCUUCUCGUGGACAGUCUACCAUGACUACAGAGGUGAACUCUCAGGCAGGCAACUUACAGAAACAGCCGCAGGAAGAACUUCAGAGAGAGGCUGAGGCUCCUCAGAGCAGGGGGAAGCCACGGGCGUGGGCUCGGGCAUGGGCAGCUGCCUUGGAGAAGACUGGGUCUGAGGACUUACAAAGAAGUACAGGACGGGAUAGUUCUGCUGAAGAAGAUGCUCUGGACCUCUGCCCUAAGCUGGUUGACACUAGUCGAGCCAACCCCAUUCUCUCACUAAAUGACUCUGCUCAAGCUGACCCCAUGCCAGUUGACUCUGUUGAAGCUGAUGCCACUGCAUUUGGCCAGGCUGUAGCUGAUUCUAUACCUGUUGACCAGGCUUCAGCUAGUACAGCGCUGGUUGGUCCUCUCCCAGUAGGCCCAAUGCUGACUGGCCCAGUCCUGGCUGACAGGGCAAGAGUUGAACCUGCAGUGGCUAUUCCCACUUCAGGUAACUUGUCUCCAGCUGAUGCUAUCCCAGCUGACACAGUGGUAGUUGACCCUAUUCCAAAUGACCAGACUCCAGUAGAUCCUGUGGUAGUUAAGUCCAGACCAACUGACCCUAGACGUGCUGCAAUAGCAGCAGCUCAGGGAAACCGUCUUUCCCUGGAGUCCUCAAACCAGCCCACGGUCAUCACCCCUGAAGUCAAGGAGGUUCCAGGUCCUCUGAAGGUGGAAGGUAGCACCAGUGCUACAACCCCAGAAGCCAGACCUCGGCCUCUCAGCCUGUCUGAGUACCGGCAACGAAGGCAGCAACGGCAAACAGAAGCAGAAGGCAGGAGUUCUCAGCCCCCAGCUGGCAAGUGGCCUAGUCUUCCAGAGACCCCCACAGAACUGGCAGAUAUCCCUUGUCUUGUUCCACCAGCCCCAGCCAAGAAGACCGCUCCACAGAGAAGCCCUGUAGCUCUAGCAGAGACUUGUUUUGUGUCUGUGGGUACCAGCCCUGCUUCCCCUAGUCCCGAGCCAUCUGCCAGCAAACCUGUGGUUUCAGCUCACCCUGAACAGGUGCCAUCUCAUGAGAUGCCACUUGCAGUUAGACCGCCCCCUCCUACCUUGCAGUCUGUGUCUCCUGCUGGGCCCAUCCCUUCCGCAAUGCCCCCUCCUUUGCCUUUCCCUCCAGGCAUACCUCCUCUGCUUCCUCUUCCUUCAGGUGGCCACGGAGUCCCCAGUGUGCCCCCACCUCCCUUGCAACCACCUGGACUUCCAGUGUCAAUGAGACAAAUACCACCUGACCCCUAUACCCACUAUGCCCCUGUGCCACCCUGGCCUUGUUAUCCUUCUGUGUCCUCUUCCGGCUAUCCUUGUCUGCCCCCACAACCAACGGUGCCCAUGGUGUCUGGUACUCCUGGUACCUAUGCUGUACCCCCAACUUGCAAUGUGCCUUGGGUACCCCCUCCUGCACCAGUUUCACCUUACAGCUCCAGCUGUGCCUAUGGGCCUGUGGGGUGGGGCCCAGGGCUGCAGCAGCCUCCAUUCUGGUCUACUGUUUCUCCACCUCCUUUGUCUUCAGCCUCAGCUGGAAGAGCUGUUCCCCCAUCCAAUGUGGAAUCCAGUAGUAAUCCACCUGGUCCUCCUGAAGAUAAGCUUCCUGUGCCAGUGACUCCUUCCCUAAGUUCUGGGCCAGCCAGCCCCAUAGCUCCAUCGAUAGAGCCUACAAAGCUAGAGGUUCAGCCAGUGCCUGUGUCUCCCCAACCAAAACACAAAGAGUCCACCCUGGUACAAAGUCCCCAGGUCAAGGCUCCACCAUGUCUGUCUGCUGAGUGUGAAGCUCUUGGGGAGUCUGCAUCAGAGAGGCUAAAGCCUGAGGCUCAGGAGAACACAACAAAGGAGAAGCCCCCCCCUCCAGCUAGCAAGGCUGUUCCCAUACCAAGGCAGAGCACUGUCCCGAAGAUGCCUGCUGUCCAUCCAGCCCGUCUAAGGAAGCUGUCCUUCCUGCCCACCCCACGUUCUCAGGGCUCUGAGGAUGUGGUCCAGGCAUUCAUCAGUGAGAUUGGAAUCGAAGCAUCGGACCUGUCCAGUCUGUUGGAGCAGUUUGAGAAAUCAGAAGCCAAAAAGGAGUGUCCUCUCCCGGCUCCUGCUGACAGCUUGGCUGUAGGAAACUCAGGCAGCAUUGACACUCCCCCGGAGAAGAGACCCCUAGACCGGUUACAAGCCCCAGAACUGGCCAACGUGGCAGGGCUCACCCCUCCAGCUACCCCUCCCCACCAGUUAUGGAAGCCCCUGGCUGCUGUCUCACUGUUGGCCAGAGCCAAAUCUCCUAAAUCUACCGCCCAGGAGGGAACCCUGAAGCCUGAAGGAGUUACAGAGGCCAAACAUCCAGCUGCAGCCUGCCUCCAAGAAGGGGUCCAUGGUCCUAGUCCUGUCCAUGUGGGCUCUGGGGACCAUGACUAUUGUGUCCGAAGCAGGACACCCCCCAAAAAGAUGCCUGCCCUAGUCAUUCCAGAGGUGGGCUCCCGAUGGAAUGUCAAGCGCCAUCAGGAUAUCACCAUCAAACCUGUCUUGUCAUUGGGCCCAGCUGCUCCCCUACUUCCAUGCACAACUUCCCAGGAACCACUUGAUCACAGGACUAGAAAUGAGCAGGCAGGGCCUUCAGCGCCCUGUCUUGCCCCAUCCACCUUGCUGUCUCCUGAGGCCUCACCCUGCCGGAAUGACAUGAACACUAGGACUCCCUCUGAGCCCCCAGGCAAGCAGCAGUCAAUGCGCUGUUACCGAAAAGCCUGCAGAUCAGUCAGCCCCCCAGGUCGGGGCUGGCAGGGCCGCCGUGGCCGCAGCAGCCGGUCUGUCAGCUCUGGGUCCAACCGGACCAGCGAAGCAUCCUCUUCAUCGGUGUCUUCCUCAUCCCGAUCCCGGUCCAGGUCCCUCUCCCCCCCCCACAAGAGGUGGCGAAGGUCCAGCUGCAGUUCCUCUGGGCGUUCCAGAAGGUGUUCAUCCUCUUCAUCAUCUUCCUCCUCUUCCUCAUCCUCAUCCUCCAGUUCCAGAAGCCGUUCUCCUUCUCUCUCCCCUCACAGAAGAAGUGAUCGAAGACGGCGGUACAGCUCUUACCGUUCAAAUGACCAUUACCAAAGGCAGAGGGUGCUGCAGAAGGAGCGUGCUAUAGAAGAGAGAAGGGUAGUCUUCAUUGGGAAAAUACCUAGCCGCAUGACUCGGUCAGAGCUGAAACAGAGGUUCUCUGUUUUUGGAGAGAUCGAGGAGUGCACCAUUCAUUUUCGUGUUCAGGGGGACAACUAUGGUUUCGUCACUUACCGUUACGCUGAAGAGGCGUUUGCAGCUAUCGAGAGCGGCCACAAAUUGCGGCAGGCAGAUGAACAGCCCUUUGAUCUUUGCUUUGGGGGCCGCAGGCAGUUCUGCAAAAGGAGUUACUCUGAUCUUGACUCCAAUCGGGAAGACUUUGAUCCUGCCCCUGUGAAGAGCAAAUUUGAUUCUCUUGAUUUUGAUACAUUGUUGAAACAGGCCCAGAAGAACCUGAGGAGGUAACCCUGGGCACUUCUCCCCGACCCAUUUUCUCUGGAGGUGCCCAACCUCCUCCACCCCUCCCCCCACUCUAGGGGGAGAGAGCUGCUAGUGUGGAAAUGACUGUUUUAUAAUAAAUGGGAAAAGGUUAAAUAAAAACGUGUUAAACUGGGA